AUGGCCGCCGUGGGAACGCAAGGCGCCGAAGCCAGAUUCGAAACUCUCUUGAGACGCCUCUCGCAUCCUCCCGCCUUCACAACCGUUCGAGUGAACACGCGGCUGGCUUCAGUCCAGCGCGUGAAAACUCUUCUGGGUGAGGAGAUUCAAAAGCAGUUCCCGGGGCUGAGCAUCCCAGUUCUUCAACACCCAGACCUUCAGGACGUUCUGCUCAUUCCCGUCAUCGGGCCCAGGAAGGAUGUGGAGGAGCGACCCACCCGGGCCGUCGUCGGGGCCCAGUGUGGCAACGCGGUGCUGCGAGGAGCCCACGUCUACGUGCCCGGCAUCCUGGCGGCCUCCGGGGGUAUGAAAGCCGGAGAGGUGGUCUCCGUCUACUCGGACGUGGAAGGGAAAUGCAGAAAGGGAGCCAAAGGAUUUGCCGGGACCCAAGCGUUCCUCGGAAACGGGAUCUCGGAGCUGAGCCGCCGAGAAAUCUUCGGUUCCGACGGCCCCUUGAGAGGCAUCGGGAUAAGGAUGGUGGAACCUGUGUACCUCAGCCCCUCCUUCGACAACGUGCUCCCCGGUUAUUUAUUUUUACAGAAUCUGCCUUCCGCCGUCGUGAGCCACGUCCUGGGGCCUCAGCCGGGAGAGAGGAUCCUGGAUAUGUGCGCGGCUCCUGGGGGCAAGACCACCCACAUCGCAGCCCUGAUGGGAGACCGGGGCGAAGUGAUAGCGCUGGACAAGAUAGCCAGCAAGGUGGAAAAGAUCAAGAAAACCGCCAAGCUAUUGCAGCUAAAUUGCAUCAAGGCCUUCUGCUACGAUGGAACCAAGGCCCUGGCCCAAGGGGAGACCGAGGCUGGUCCAGGGGAACCCCCUUUCUCACCUGAGGCGUUCGACCGGAUCCUCCUCGACGCUCCCUGUAGCGGGCUGGGGCAGAGGCCCAACAUGGCUUGUACUUGGACGCUGAAGGAAGUGACGUCCUAUCCGCCCUUACAGCGCCGACUCUUGUCCGUGGCCGUGGAGCUCCUGAAGCCGGGCGGCGUGCUGGUGUACAGCACGUGCACGGUGACCCUGGCCGAGAACGAGGAGCAGGUGGCCUGGGUCCUGGACACUUUCCCCUGCCUCCAGCUGCUGCCCCAGGAACCCCUCCUGGGAGGCGAGGGAAUGGCGGGCGCCGGGCUGCCCCAGGAGCAGCGGCAGCGGCUGCAGCGGUUCGACCCGGCCGCCGGGCCCGCGGACGGGCCCAUCGGUCGUGCCAACCGGGACUGCAUAGGCUUCUUCAUCGCCUGCUUCGCCAAGCGCCGGACCGCCUCGCCCCGCGCCGGGAAGGCCGAACGCUCAGGACUGGGGGGCCCAGGCCCCGCCGGCCCGUCGGCCAGUCGGAUUUGUUGAGCACCUCCUGGGUGCGGAGCACCGUGUUGAGCGCUCGGGAGAGGACAAGAGAACAGACACGUUCCCCGCCCGCAACACGUUGACAAUCUCCCGCGGGCCGACUACAGAAGCGGCCAGGCCUAGCUG